AUGGAGAAUGAUAAGCACUUGAAGAUCAACAUGGUUACAUUGGCUAUUAUAGGUUUGUGGCCGGUGAAUUGUAAGCGCUACACGUACCUCAACAAAAUGCACGCUUUCUAUAGCAACUGCAACGUCAUCUGCUUCUUGCUCUUCAUAAUAACCGAACAUUGCGAGAUAUAUUUUAGCAGGGCCGAAAGCAAUUACUUCGCUAUCGCCAAUAAUUUAACGGUGUCCUUGUUGUUCUCCGAGACAUUCAUCAAGGUCAUGAUCUGCCGAAGCGAGCAGAUCAAAAAGUUCGUCAAACAAAUCCGUAUGACAGAGAAGAUCAUCCUCGAUGGAGUCGAUAGAUCCUUGAAGAAGAUCUACUUGGACACGAUUCAAUCCAAUAAUAAACUAACCAUUAGUUUCUUGUGUUUGACCUUCUUCAGCGCUGUACCGUUCUAUAUAAAGCCAAUCGCCGAAACCAUCUUGCAUCCCAUGGAGAACUACACCAUAAUCGUUGACAAUCAGGUGGUGUACUUGGAGAGACCGCUACCCUUUAAUUCUUGGUUUCCCUUCGACAAAUUCAAAUAUUACUACAUAUCAUUCGGUAUGCAAGUCGUAGUUGGUUGUAUUGGAGCCUGCUACACGAGUCUAACCGAUGUGUUCUUUUGGAGCCUCAUGAUUUUCGGCUUAGGCCAAUUGCGAAUCGUACAGCACAAGUUGAUUAAUCUCAAGAAGGACGCCAAGUUAUACGCGAAACAAAAUAACGUUGACGAAAAUAUAGCUCUAAAAUACACCGAUUUCAGCAUUGCCCAAGUCUUCGCCAUUGAAUAUUUAUUCGCGAUCCUAAUACAGAUGUUUAUUUUCUAUUGGUACGCGAACGAUAUUAUUAUAGAGAGUAUGAAAGUUGCUGAAGCCGUGUGGCACACCGAUUUUUACGAGUUUCCACUGGAUGUACAGAAGGAUCUGAUUAUAUUUAUGAUGAGAGCACAGAAGCCGUUAACUCUAAAAGUGGGUCCCUUCUAUCCCAUAUCAACAACCACUGCUAUAUCAAUUAUUAAAGUCUCGUAUUCGUAUGUAGCUCUCAUAAAUCAAGUCUACAAAUAG